UGGUUUUACAUGAGGCGUGAUUGGUCAGACUGAGUGAUGAUGUCAUGUGUUUAACUGCUGCUUUAACACAUCUCAUCUCACAGCAUUUGCUCCGUUUAAACUCAGGUUACGACCAUUUAACACGUGUGUUUGUGAGUCUAAACGUAAUCACUGCAGACAUAUUAUCAGAUCAGACUGAAAUCCAGAAGCAGAGAUGGAAGGAGAGAAGAAGGGGGGAGGAGGAGGAGAAAGAAAGGUGUGGGCUGUACUGAGCAUGCUCUUUGUGUUAACUUCCUGCUCUGUUCUUCCUGACAGAGAGGACUGUUAAGAGAAGCCGGCGUUCCACAGCGAGAAGAGGAAGAGGAACACAGCGGAGGAGAAGAAAAUCCAAACCUGAGGAGUUUUUAAAGAUCCAGACUGAACAAAGCUCUGAAGAUUCUUCUCUUCGCCUUUUUUACCCUCUGUUUUAUUUUUUGUCAGAGUGAUUGAUUGAAGCAGACUGUUUUUGUUUAACAGUGUUUGACCUCAGAGAUAAAACUCAAUACUUUUUUGUUCUCUGUGAAUCUUUGCUCAACGAGUUUCAGAGAAAUUCAAGAAGCCGAAGGGGAUUUUUUUCUUCCUUUUUUUUCACUUGCGUCACUGCUUUCAUUUUCUAUUUGUGUUAACUCGCUCUGCCUUUUCCUGAGAAUGUUUGGUUUCUCAUAAAAGUAAGAGAAGGGGUUGAAUGCUGCUCAAGUCUCAGCUGGGCGCCUGAAAAGAAUUUGCAUUCCAGUUUCACAAGAAGACAAAUCCUUGCUUGUUGUUUUACUGGGAGACGAUAAGCAGUCCAGUGUGUGUUGGUUGUGUUUUCUGGGAAAAUGGGAUCAGAAAAGGACUCUGAGUCGCCUCACUCAUCAGUCAGUGGCGUUCCCAACCCUAAGUGCCGUGCGGCGGGCAAACGCCAGGGCCGCAUCUCCUUCCACAGCCUUUUCCGCAGCAAACGAAGCUCUCGGGGCAACAGGGGCCCCAAAGGAGGAGCGGCCGCCCCUUUAACACAUCAUCACCACGCGCAACAACAGCUGCUGCCUUCUGCCUUGAGUUCAGCACCCGCUGCAGCCUCCGUUACACCCGCCGCCACCCGCCAGGACACAGCCUCUAGCACACCAUCCAAACCACUUUCCUCCAGUCAGCCGUCUCUCGGAGGAGCUGCCACCGCUGCCUCCGGGGAGCCCAAUCUCCUGGAGUGCCCCCUGUGCCUGGUGCGCCAGCCCGCCGCCCAGCUCCCCGAGCUGCUGGGCUGCAGCCACCGCUCCUGCCUCUGCUGCCUGCGCCAGUACCUCCGCAUCGAGAUCACAGAGAGCCGAGUCCAGCUCAGCUGCCCCGAGUGUGCCGAGAGGCUGGCCCCGCGGCAGGUGGCCGACAUCUUGGAUGAUGCAGCCCUGCUGGAGAAGUACGAGGAGUUCCUUUUGAGGCGGUGCCUUGCCUCCGACCCGGACUGCAGAUGGUGCCCGGCGCCAGACUGCGGGUUUGCUGUCAUCGCCUCGGGCUGUGCCAGCUGUCCCAGGCUGGUUUGUCGCAGAGACGGCUGCGGCGCUGAGUUCUGCUACCACUGUAAACAGGCAUGGCACCCCAACCAGACCUGCGACUCGGCCCGCCAGCAGAGGGCCCAGUCCCUGCACACCCACAGCAACCACUCGCCCAGCUACACCCAGGAGCAGGGGCCAGCUGAUGACAUCAAGCCCUGCCCUCGCUGCGGCGCCUACAUCAUCAAGAUGAACGAUGGGAGCUGCAAUCACAUGACCUGCGCCGUCUGCGGUUGCGAGUUCUGCUGGCUCUGCAUGAAGGAGAUUUCCGACCUGCACUACCUCAGUCCAUCUGGCUGCACCUUCUGGGGGAAGAAGCCUUGGAGCAGGAAGAAGAAGAUCCUGUGGCAGCUGGGAACUUUGAUUGGCGCUCCGGUCGGCAUCACACUCAUUGCCGGCAUCGCUGUUCCUGCCAUGGUCAUCGGCAUCCCGGUUUACGUCGGCCGCAAGAUUCAUGCUCACUACGAGCUGAAGAAGGCAUCUCGCCACAGAAGAAAUUUGGCCAUCACAGGGGGCGUGGCCCUGUCAGUUGUCACCGCCCCCGUCAUUGCAGCCGUCAGCGUGGGCAUCGGUGUUCCCAUCAUGCUGGCCUACGUGUACGGCGUUGUGCCCAUCUCUCUGUGCAGAGGAGGGGGCUGUGGUGUGAGCAGAGGGAAGGGGCGUGGCGUGCGGAUCGACUUUGAUGAGGACGAUGGACCAAUCACAGUUGCAGAUGCAUGGCGAGCCCUCAAGUCUCCGAGCCUUGGAGAGAGCAGCUUGGACGGGGCGGUCAGCGGUCUGAGCACCACUUCCCCCAGCGAGGGACUCUCUGUGGCCCCUGGGACUCUGGGCGACACUCCCCACUUUAACACCCUGGCUAGUGGCGCGCUUGGGACUCGCACCAGCAAAUACAGCAGGCUUGAGGUUCAACCAGGGGAGCUUGCUAAAGAAUCAACCCAGAGAGAAACAGGCAGUCUGGGAGCAGGAAGUGACUGCGCCAGCACUCGAGGAAUGGCUGGAUCCAUCAUCUCUUCUUACACCUUACCUGACAGGGAGUGCACCAACCUGGAGAUCCAGGUGGACAUCGAGACCAAACCGAGCCAUCUUUGCCUGACCAGCGAAGAGGACCUAGCCCCGCACCCGGGCUCCGCUGCCAUGGCAACUGCUUCUGGAGGGGAGGAGCCUCAGGACUGCAGCUCUAGAAGGGGCGGGGCUCUGUCAGGCUCGGCACUGGGACUGUCGCCGGGAACAUCAAUCAGGGAGGGACUCAGAGACGUCACCUUGGCUCAACCAGAGAGCAUCCGCAGCGACCUGGAAAUGUCGGACACUCAGUCAGACGAUAUCGCAGAGCUGACGUCGGACGACUGCGACUCGCCUCACCCGAAGAGCUGUCACCCAGCUGCAGGUCAACCCCCUUCCUGCCGAGCCCUGAACCCCUCCACCGAUGGCCUUCACUGUCCCACAGACAGCAAUGUCAUCCUCUACGUCUGAGAGAGCUGGCGCUCUCAGGAUUGGACAAAAACUUGGAAAACCCCAAACAUUUACAUUCAUCCCCUCUCUUACUUCAAAGCUUUUCUCUCUCGUCAUCUCUUGUCUGCUGCUUUUUCGUGAUUCACAGACUUCAUCUGAAACACAGACAGCGUUGGUUUACUCCUGUCUGUCUUUAUCUACCUGCCAGUCUCCUCUCUGAGUAAAUGGUCAGGGCUCUACCUCUGAGAUUUGUAAGAUGAUGACUCAUGUUUACUCCUUGGUUCAAAAUGCCUUGGCUACUUAAGCAAAAAAUAGAAAAAAAAGAAAAGGUACAAAUUUAUAAAAAAUAUUGUAAAUUGAAAUGAUAAAUAAGGUGAAAUGUCACCAAGCACAGCAGAGAGGGACAGGUUGUCGUGGAAACAGAUGUUUGCUGAGAUGAGGAUGAUGUUUAUAACAUGUGAAUGAGUGAGGACUUUCAACUGUUAUGGCUUUACUUUCCUUUGAUUCCUCUAUUUAUAUUCAGAAAACCAUAAAAUUAUCUUUUUUUUUUUUCUCAGAGUGCAUGAGUCUGCAUGAGCUGUUUGUUGUGUUAAUGGUUUGAGAAAGCAGAGAGUUUCUGCUACACUGGUGAAAGUUUACUUAAAAGGACGAGGCUGCAUUUGAAUUUUGCUUUCUCUGCACAACGGAGGAGGAGGAUGAACAUGGGGAUAGAAUAAGUGUCCACCCAGCAGGAAUAUGAAUGUGGGAGUCCUGGUGACGACCUGAAGCCUGAAGCAGCUCUGCUGAAAUUCAGAGAAAAGCUUUUUUUUGCUGUGUUUACGUGAGUUAUCUUAGCUCACAAAGAGCUGAAGCAAACAAGUAUUUACCAAUCCACAAGUUAAAAAGAUAUUUUUCAAGUCUCAAUUUAUUAGAAAUGAUUUUUAUCUAAAAAGUGCAAAAGCCAAAAAGUCAUGCUGCUUUUUGUGUUUAUUUCUAACUUAAUGUUUUUCAUUUCUUUGUAAGUAUGUGGUUAAAGAAACUCAAAUGCUGAGACUUUUCUGAGCAACAGAAAGAACUUAAAAGUAAAAUAAUAAAUGCAGAUAAUUAUCACUUUUCAUUGACAUCAA